AUGGCAGCAAGAGCAGCUGGUUCGUCGCGACGAAGUGACGGCUGUGGUGGAAAGCCGGUUGCUGCGGGGCUUGAGUCGCUUGCCUGCGCCUCCAGACUCGUCUUUUAUGCGGCCGCGCAGCAAAACUCCCAUUUACGCCACAGAGACAACGUGGUGCCCAACCACCAAGCGGUCGUUACACGCUGUGCGGCAUUUCCCCUGGAUCUGGAGAAGCCUGUCAACACAUCGGUUCUUCGCGUCCUGUGGUUGGAGAAGGCUGCAAGUACUUCUGGUGCCCCGCCGUCGCGGGGGCCACUGCAAGCCAUCGGCGCGCAGUACAUGGGCAUGAGCGUCUGCGGAAAGAAGGCUGUCUCCCUCGGAGAGCUCCGGAACUUCCUCUGGAACCUCCACCUGGAUGACAGCCAGUUCGCAAAGGUGAGCAAGCGCUUCGCACCUAAAGGUACCUACGUCGACUACGCUGAGGUGCUCUACCUCCUCGGUCGCCCUCAUCUGCAGUUCCCAAAUGUUCCCGUGGAUGCCCUCAUCUACGAAGCCGCCGUGGCCUCGAGCUUUUUAGAGCACUUAGAACAUUUAGGCUAUGUAGGGUAUUUGUGGUGUUUAGGAUGGUUAAGAUUUUCUUUGUUGAACAUUUAG